AUGCCCAAGCCUUCCAGGUCCAUGCCUGCGAUGGCGGGGUCGUGGAGGAGGGCCAACGAAUUUUCCGGCGGUCAGGAAGAAGACUCAACUCUUCCAUCACCACCACAGCUACAACCCGCCUUGCCGGACCUUCCUCCCUUACCGGACCUUCCUUCCUCUCGGCCUAAUGAAUCUUUUACCACCACACACGGCGCCGACCUGCAGAGCAACGCGCCGCUGUCUGUAGAGCUGUCCGAAGACCCAGUCGACCCCUUGCCGAAAGACCUCUUCGGCGAUACAACGCCACGCAGGGUCACCCGCUCGAAGAUAAAGAGACACUCAUUGACCAAGGCCGACUCGACGAGCACCCUCAAGGAGGCCCUGGAAGACGACCGUUACGUAUGGUUCAUUAAAUAUGGAGUGGCGCUGCUGAAGGCCAUCGAGAGCCACCGAAGCGACAUCUGGAGUUACCAACACCUGACAAUCGCAGACAACCGUAUCGCGAUCGCCUGCAGCAAUAUUGCGGUUGCAUUGGCGAAGGAAGACCCUCAAUACGAACACCUACUCGAAAUAGCACCAAUAAGCCGAAACUUCAUGGAAGAAUACCUCGAUACUUGGAAGAACGCCAGUUGCUUUUGGUACAAGAACCCGCUCACCACAAUAACGGGUAAAGAGGAAGACGAGUGUCACAUCCCUAUUGCAGCCUUGGUGGAUGACGAGGAACCCGAGGACGACAGGCCCCCGCCACUGCCCCCUAUGACGAAGACCAAGAAGACGAAUACCGAUAAGCCUACUAACAAGCCUGCCGACAAGCCUGCAGACAAGCCGCCGCUGCUAGCGCGGCCCUAUGGCUAA